GGAAAAAAAAAGUUAUCCCCAUCUCCCCAUACCGCCCUCGCGCCCCACCGCCCCUGCUUUCCCGAGGGCGCCGCCGGCACCGAGCGCCGCCUCCCGCAGUCGCGCCGCCGGCCAGUUGCCUCCUAACGCCCGCGCGACCGCCCGCCCGCCUACGGCCCCUGCUGGCCUGCGAGGCCGCCGGUCGGCAGGCGCGGCAAACCCGGCGCACCUGCGCCAGCCGCCUCCCGCGCACCCACGCGGCCGGCCCGACUAUCGUGCGCCCGGCUGCAGCAGCUAGCUGCCCAGCUCGAUUUUUUUCAGAAACAGCUAGCCAGCGCAACGCCACAGCGCGCAAGCAUGGCUCACUUCCUUACCAGCAGCAGCUCGCCCGCCUUCUUCUCGCGCUGCCCACCUCACAGGGAAUCUCACAGACGACAUACUGUUGUACAAUGUGGCACAUCAUUGAGCAGUCCAAGGAUAUCUGAGCCUGAAGCUUCGCCAGCUGAAUCUUCAGCAGUUAUUCAAGGUGGAACUGCCCCUCUGGUUCAGGCACUGCAAUCGACUGCCAGUCAAGAUGUUGCCUGCUUUCACUUCCCAGGACACAAUAGAGGAAAAGCCGCUCCAUCUUCUUUGUCAAAACUUAUUGGCUCAGGGGCAUUUUUGCAUGACUUACCCGAGCUACCAGAGCUUGAUGAUCUCUUCUCCCCAAAAGGUGUGAUUUUAGAUGCUCAGAAGCGAGCAGCUCAAUUGUUUGGAUCAUCUAAAACUUGGUUCCUUGUCAAUGGAACAACCUGUGGGAUACAGGCGUCAGUGAUGGCUACUUGUUCUCCCGGAGACUACCUCAUUGUACCACGAAACUGCCACAUUUCUGUGAUCUCUGCACUGGUCUUGUCUGGUGCAGUUCCUAAAUACAUAAUGCCAGAGUAUAAUCCAGCAUGGGACAUUGCUGGUGGUAUCACCCCCUUGCAGGUCGACGAAGCAGUAAAAGAGUUGGAGGAGGAUGGAAAGAGGGUUGGCGCUGUUCUUGUUACUUCGCCUACAUACCAUGGUGUAUGCAGCAAUGUGCAAGGUAUUGUUAGUGUUUGUCACCCACGAGGUAUUCCAGUUAUAGUUGAUGAGGCACAUGGCGCACAUUUCAGGUUUCAUGAGAGUUUGCCAAGCACUGCAAUUGAGCAAGGUGCUGAUCUGGCUGUGCAAUCCACACACAAGGUCCUGUGCUCCCUUACACAGUCCUCAAUGCUUCAUGCAGCUGGAGAUCUUGUGAAUGUAGAUCAAGUAAGCCAGUGCCUUCAGGUCCUCCAGAGUUCGAGCCCGAGUUACCUACUACUGUCAUCUUUGGAUGCUGCAAGAGAUCAUCUGAGCAAGAACACAAAUAUAUUUGACGAACCAUUAGCUAUAGCAUCAGAAACAAAAGACCAGCUGAUGGUAAUCCCAGGGAUAUCUGUUCUGGACUUGCCAUGUUUUGCUUCUGAUUUCCCUGCUAUUGAUCAAUUGCGUAUUACAUUCAGUGCUUCAGAUCUGCAGUUAUCGGGAUAUGAAGCCGAUGACAUUUUAUAUGAAGGUCAUCAAAUUGUAUCUGAGCUUGUUGGCACACGAUCAAUGACAUUCGCAGUUAACUUAGGAACCAGAGUGCAAGAUGUUGAGAAGCUUGUGCAAUCUGCAAAGCAUCUAUCAGAAAAAUAUUUCUUUGCAAAUAGCUCCAAACCUAUGAAAGAAAAUUGUGUUUGUGGUCCAUUAGACAAGAUCUUUGUGCAUCUGACUCCAAGAGAGGCCUUCUUUGCAAAUAAGAGGAGAGUGAGAAUUGAAGACAGCCUUGGUGAAAUUUGUGGUGAGCUAAUCUGCCCUUACCCACCGGGUAUCCCAGUGCUGAUCCCAGGCGAGGUAGUAACUCUUGAUUUACUUUCUUACUUGAUGAAUGUCAAACAUCAAGGCAUCACUAUCAGUGGAGCAGCUGAUGUUGAGUUAAAUUCCAUUUUAGUGUGCAACUUGUGAUUAUUAUUCUUUUGAGGGAGAUCAGAAUUAUAAUUUCGACCAAGUCCAGAGCACAAUCAGCUGUCUGUUUGAUGGAUGUGAACAACAGUUGCGUAAAACCAAUGGCUGACCACUUGGCCAAAUAAUUUAGGUUGAUUCCACCUCGUGAGUUGAAAGAGUUGUCAAGCUGCAAUAUGAUGCCAAAGUAUGAAUAGGGUCUAUGGCAUGUGAUCUCUUAUGAGUUGAUGUAUGACUUGCUGAAGAGGCUACCUUUUCAUCUGAAGUUCCUUGUAAUGUAAUGGUUUCCUGUUUAGUUCUCUUCAGAAUGAAAGGCUCAAUCUGAACUGACUCUACAUAUCAAGCAUCAGGAGCAACUCUGUACGCCUCCAUGUUUCUCCCUCCGGAAGGCGGCAGCAUGUUGCAGGGCGCCAAGGCUUCUGAAGGAAGUACACUCUAGUUGCUCGUCUAUGUUUAUCCAUCAACCCAAGAAUUCACGAAUAUUCCACAAGCUGUAUAGAAAAGAAAUGUAGGCAGAUACUGCAUCAUUGUAAUCACAGCCACUUUUCAUUUCGCAGACACCACCCUACUCUGAUCGAUAUAAGAAACUAUGGAUGCUUACAAAUCAAGAUCUCCACCCAAACCUCGAACUCGAAACUGGAAAUUAUAGUCGCAGCUUUGGUCUAUACAUUGCCAUCAACAACCAUGAAGUAAGGUGAUGGUGGUGAUGAUGCAGUUAGGUUUGUCACGGGCUGGCUUUCUUUCCAUAACAAAGCUCACCAUAAACAAUGA